ACUCAAUGCAGCGGUACCAGCACCGGGUGCAUUUCGACGACCCGUUGUUAAUGGCCAGUGCCGUGCAGGCGCCCGAUGAGUCGUUUUUGAAGCAUUACGAUGCAGGGGAUGCCCCCGUAUGGCGCAAUUUGCAUGCUCCGCAAGUCGACCAGGAGCUUCUUUUGAAGCUGAACCAGGAGGGCGAUCUGGAACGGUUGACGCGCAAGGCGGUGGACGAUACGCGCAAGGCAUGGAGGACCGAGAUCAUGAGCAAGCUGCGGAAGGAGGUGGAUGAUCUGGAGAACGACCAGUGGAUGUUCCAGGCAGGGCAGGAGUAGAAAGUCUUUACCAUGUAAAAACGCGCCAAUGCUAGUUUUCAAGAAAACUAAAAAAAAAAAAGCUAAUCAAC